AUGUCAGUCCUCGGGCCAGCAGGUCUCCCCACCUUCCCAAUCAGUGUCCCAUUCUUAAACUCGAAUCGCGGCAUCAAUGGCUUGCUCGUCAACGCGGCCAAGUUCCUGGGGCUAGGAUCCAUAUUACAAUCGCUGUUGCCUGGUCUAGGAGGGGCGUUCUCAUCUGAGCAGAUCUCAAAUAGCAUCAAGCUGUUUCUUCUUGGUACAAGCAUCGAAUCAGGGAGAAGGUUUUGGCAGUGGGUUUUCAGACGGUUCAAACCUAAGCUAUAUAUUACUGCCAUAUUUCCCGAAGGCGAUCCUAUCUAUGAGUGGAUCACAAUAUUCCUAGCUGAGAAGAAGGUCUGGCAUCAUUCGCGAGACUACACGAUCAGGUACAAGACGUCGAACACGCAAUGGGGAGUCACCGUUGACAUCGAGAAGCCCCCAGAGCCGCCUAAUUCAGAUGCUGAAGCCAAGGAGCUCGAGGAGCUAGAGGAAAGUGUCAACUUUCUUCCCAACUAUGGUGCACCACAACUUUUCCGCUGGAACGGAUAUUGGGUGGAGGUGAUAAAAGAUAUGCCCCGGCUCGCUCCCCCAGCUCCGGGAACGACUGCGCCGCGAACCAUCGGUUCUGUCAUGUAUACCCUCAAGCAAAGUGCUCUCAGGCAACUCAUUCGCGAAGCAAAGCAAUAUUACGUCGCAAAGAGCAAACAACGGGUGAUUGUUCGAACCCUAGGCAGCACCUCGGUAGGAUAUGGACCCCCCGCCCCCGGAACUCAAGCUUGGACUGGUAUCAAGAUCAAGCCUUAUCGGCCACUUGAUUCAAUCGUUCUUCCAAAGGGUGUCCUCGACUCUAUUAUCGCAGACGCGCGUGACUUCAUCAGCUCAGAGGAAUGGUAUACCCAAGCCGGCAUUCCGUACCGCCGCGGAUACCUGUUCUACGGUCCACCUGGGACUGGGAAAAGUGAGAUCCUUGGAUGCUUGUUUGCAGGGGCACUUGGGCUUGAGCUAUACACGCUAUCUCUCUCGACAAAUGGCCUAAAUGAUGCGUCCUUGCAAAGUGCUGCAGACCGCAUCCCAAAGCGGGGAAUUCUGCUGAUCGAGGAUAUCGACUGUGCAUUCCCAUCUCGCGAAGACGAGGACGAACUGCUGGCGAACCCGAUGGCUGUGACGCUCCCGCCUAGGCCGGGGGUGCCUCCACCACCACGAACCUCCGUCACAAUGUCAGGGCUUCUAAAUGUUCUAGAUGGUGUCAACAGCGACAGCGGGAAGAUAUUCAUGGCAACGACGAAUUACGUCGACAGGCUCGACGGUGCGUUAAUACGACCAGGCCGGAUAGACAUGAAGAUAGAGUAUAAACUUGCGAACAAAGAGCAGGCCGUAGCCCUCUUCAACCGCUUCUUCGUUGCUCCGGAUGCUGUACGAGGGUCUCAUGACAAAAACCCUCACGAACCGCCCCCUCAUCACGAACUCGCAGACGAGUUCGCGUCCCAUAUUCCUGAAGACGAAUUGACAGUCGCAGAGCUGCAAGGCUAUCUGCUUGCUUGUAAGCGGCGGCCGCAGGUGGCAUUAGACGGCAUAUCUGAGUGGAUAGUGAAGGAACGGGAGGAGCGCAUUGCCAGAGAGGAGAGGGAAAAGAAGAGGAAGGCAUUGCUGGCUGAAGCGAGACAGAAAGCCCAGGAGGCAAUGGCACAACGCACGCUUGCGAAUGCGGUUGGAUUGUCAGCUCUGCGCAUCAAUGCCGCCCAGACGAAGAAGAAAGAGGAGGAAGCCAAGGACGCUACCACAACUACGAACACAACGACCACGACACCAUUGAAAGUAGACGCCAGCACAACAACGGAGCCCAAGGCGCUGACAAACGGCGUCCAGUUGAUUACCGCAGAGACGCCCUCCACAGACACGAAGUCGGAUUGCAGCUCUGAUUAA